AGAGAGGAAGCCGGGAACACGCGCGUUUGUGUAACAUGUGAGGAAACGCUCAGAACGUCCUUUAAUGCAAUGACAAAACUGUGUCCAUGGCGGCACGAUUGAAGAAACAGCUGAAAGAAGCCGUGAAGGUAAUCAGCUCGGGAAGCCUUCUCUUUGCUUCCUACCUCACUGUGAUUGGAGAUGAGCGUUUCUAUGCCAACCAGCUGAUGCCCAUGCUGCAGAGGAUUGUGGGUGCCGAGACAGCACACGUGUUAGCGGUGAAGAUGAUCGGCCUGGGUCUGGUUCCUCUGAACCGCUACCAGGACCCUGCUGAGUUGGAAGUAAACGUCCUUGGACUAAAGUUCAGAAAUCCUGUUGGCAUAGCAGCGGGCUUUGACAAACACGGGGAAGCUGUUGACGGCCUGUACAAGCUGGGCUUUGGCUUCGUUGAGGUGGGGACGAUCACGCCCAAACCUCAGGAGGGGAACCCCAAACCACGCGUGUUUCGGCUCACAGCUGAUCACGCUAUAAUUAACAGGUAUGGAUUCAACAGCUGUGGUUUGGCGGAAGCACAAAUGAGACUGAAAGCAAGGGAAGAAAUACAGCAGGACAAAAGUAAAGCUGGCCUUCCCCUGGGCAUCAACCUGGGGAAGAACAAGCUGUCCCGGGACGCAGGGGCGGAUUACCUGGAGGGGGUGAGAGUGCUGGGCCCGCUGGCCGACUACCUGGUGGUCAACGUCAGCAGUCCCAACACGCCGGGUCUCCGGGACCUGCAGGGCAAGGCGGAGCUCCGCCAGCUUUUACACUCGGUGCUGAAGGAGCGCGAUUCCCUGCAGGAGGAGCGUAAACCUCCGGUCCUCGUGAAGAUCGCCCCGGAUCUCACUGCCCAGGACAAACAGGACAUCGCUGACGUGGUCACAGAGCUGGGAGUUGACGGCUUAAUGGUGUCCAACACCACCGUGUCCAGACCAGAAACCCUUCAGGACCCGCAUCGUUCUGAGGCUGGCGGGUUAAGUGGGCAGCCCCUCAAAGACCUCUCCACCAGCACCGUCAGCGAAAUGUACAACCUCACCAAAGGUAAAGUACCAAUUAUUGGAAUAGGAGGUGUGGCGAAUGGGCAGGACGCCAUGGACAAGAUCCGAGCCGGCGCUUCUCUGGUCCAGCUCUACACCGCCUUCGCCUAUCAGGGUCCGCCGGUGGUCACCAAAAUAAAGCGAGAAUUGGAGCAACUUCUCAAAGAUCAAGGCUUCAGCAGCGUGUCGGAGGCCGUGGGCGCUGACCACCGGGCAACAGACGGUCUCGCUCAGAAACAGAGCUCGAUGUAAAACACGACGGUCGAUAACGCCGGACCCUCGGAGGACGCAGCGGCACCCGGAGAUGUCAUCUCCUCUGACGUGGCAACAUGACAGUCAGUUUAUCCCGAAUUGUGAUGAAAGCAUGAGUCCAUCCAUACGUCUUUAUUUUCAGGGCUUUUACUUUUAUGUGUAUGACGAUGCAUCGUCACUGAAGAAGCUGAGGUCUCUGACUCGAUUUCAGACGGGAAUAUUUUGUUACAGUGUAACAGCAGUUAGUCUUUCUGAUGCAUUUUAACAACAAUGUACUUGAACUUUUUAAUGCAGCUGCCACCUGAAGUCAUUUUUAAAGAUCAGUACAAACAUUUUUCUUUGUGCGUGUUAAGGAAAUAAUCUUUGAUGCCGAAUGGUAAAUAAAUGGAAAAAACUUUAUGUUAUACUCCUCUGUGGAAUUUAUUAAGGCUUAAACAUGCAUCAAAAUGAUUUGCCGUCUCUAAAAACAGGAUCUGUGCUUGGGUGAGCGGCAAGAAAUUUCAGAUUAAAAGCAUAUUAAAGAUGGAACUGUUCAGAAAUCCAGUCACACUUGUUAACUGCUCAUGUGUUGAGUAUCCAGUUCAUGUGGCUUCCACACUGCGACUAAGCCUGUUUGUGAGCGAUCAUGAAGAACGCCGAGUUCCAGAAGAGCCCUGAGCAACAUUUGCAUGCAUGUGUUUUAAAGAUCGGAAAUGUCAUGGCUGAUUAUUUUUUUGAUUCAAAAUACAUCAUGACAUCGAUGGACAAAAGGAAGCUGCACGCAAAUUCUUCGAGGGAUCCUGCAUGCAAAUGUUUCUGGGCAAGGAGUACGGCUGAAAUGUUGACCGGGACAGCAGCCUUAAAGCUGAAAAGAAGCCGAUCAGCUGCGACCUGACUGAUGGGCCCUGAUUUGUUUUAACUAUGAGAAUAUUUAAUCCUGCAGAUGACGCUUUAAUACUUUAUUUGAGAUAUUCAAAGUAUUGUUAUUGAACUUAAAACACACAGUUGCUUUUCUUUUUUGAAGUUGGCGUUGUCCAUGAGUGAAAGCACUUUUAGCGGCCACCGUCCUGAUCCUCACUGUGACAGAGAUCCCAGCUCAGAGUCAAGUUCAGGAACUGACAGACAGCAAUAAACCUCAAAAUCAUGUUGUUUUUUUUUCUUUACUGUGGAAGGAAACAGGUGCUCGCCUGCAUCGGAACACUCCACACAGAAAUACCCCCGACUGGACUUGAACCACACCCGUCUUGGUGUGAGGCUACCGUGCCAAACGAUACAACGUAAUAAUUCAUUUGUAAUGAAAUGUGUGUUGGCAUUUUGCACAUUAUC